AUGUCGUUCAAGAAGGACGAGGAGGCCGGUGUGGUCUCAUUCCGCCAGGACAAGACCGCUGUCAUUCAGGAGGCGCGUGUCUUCCAUGACUCCAACAUUAGCCCCCGGAAAUGCCGGAUCUUGUUGACCAAGAUCCUCUACCUUCUCUACAAUGGUGAGAAGUUUUCUCGGCAAGAGGCGACGGCGCUCUUCUUCGGAGCGACGAAGCUCUUCCAAAACAAGGAUGCAGCGCUGCGCCAGAUCGUGUACCUCGUGAUCAAGGAGCUCGCGCCGCACGCCGACGACGUGAUUAUGGUCACUGCGUCCAUCAUGAAGGACAUGCAGCCCAACACCGAGGUCGUGUACCGCCCCAACGCGAUUCGCGCGCUGACGCGUGUCGUCGACCCGAGCAUGAUCCAGGGCCUCGAGCGGUACCUCAAGUCGGCGAUCGUCGACCGGAAUCCGUCGGUGGCCUGCGCGGCGAUUGUCUCGUCCUACCACCUCUUUACGAGCGCCAAGGACGUUGUGCGCCGCUGGGGUAACGAGGUGUCGGAGGCGAUCAACAUGCGCCCUUCGAUGUCGCCGAGCGGCGGCGGAUUCGCCGGCCUCGGCGGCCGCGGCAUCACGCUGCGUUUCGGCGGCGGCGACAACCAGUCGAGCCAGACGGAGCAGGUGAACGUGCCGAGCAUGAGCUACAUUGUGCAGUACCACGCGCUCGGUCUCUUGUACCUCGCGCGCCAGGGUGACAGGAUCGCCGUGACGAAGCUCAUUCAGCAGCUCGGCGGCGCUAAAGGCACGUCGCAAGGCAUCGCGCUGCGCAACCCCUAUGCCCUCUGUAUGCUUGUGCGCUACACGGCCAAGAUCGCAGAGGAGGACCCCAACAUGCGCGCGCCGCUCGUCGAGCUGCUCGAGGGCUGGCUGCGCCACAAGAGCGACAUGGUCAACUACGAGGCGGCGCGUGCGCUCUGUGCGAUGAGCGGCAUUCCCACCGAGCAGCAGACGCGCGCGAUUGCCGUGCUGCAAAUGUUCCUCUCGUCGCCGCGUGCGACGCUCAAGUUUGCGGCGGUGCGCACUCUCGCCGAGCUCGCGCAGACGCGCCCUGCGGCGGUGCAGGCGUGCAACGUCGACAUGGAGAAUUUGAUUACCGACUCGAACCGCGGUGUGGCGACGUAUGCGAUUGCGACGCUGCUCAAGACCGGCAACGAGUCGUCGGUCGACCGCCUGAUUAAGCAGAUCAGCGGCUUCAUGUCCGAGAUCAGCGACGAGUUCAAGAUCAUUGUCGUGGACGCCAUCCGCUCGCUCUCAUUCAAGUUCCCGUCGAAGCAGUCGGCGAUGCUUGGUUUCCUGUCGGGCGUCCUGCGCGACGAGGGCGGCUACGAGUUCAAGCGGUCGGUCGUCGAGGCGAUCUUUUCCAUGGCCAAGUUUGUGAGUGGCAGCAAGGAGACGGCGCUCGGCCACCUCUGCGAGUUCAUCGAGGACUGCGAGUUCACCAAGCUGAAUGUGCGCAUCCUCCAUCUGCUCGGUCUCGAAGGGCCGCAGAUGCCCGAGCCGCACAAGUACAUUCGCUUCAUCUACAACCGCGUCAUUCUCGAGAAUGCGAUUGUGCGUGCCGCGGCGGUGAACAGUCUGUCCAAGUUUGGCUCGCACAAUGCGCAGCUCACUGCGCGCAUCCGCGUGCUGCUGCGGCGCUGCCUCGAGGACGUGGACGACGAGGUGCGUGACCGCGCCGCGCUCGCGCUCCGCCUCCUCGACCAGGGCGCGCUCAACGAGCAGCUCGUGCAGAACGACGCGCAGCCCGAUCUCGCCGAGCUCGAAGCGAGUUUGAACUCGUACGUGGCCAGCGGAUCCACGACGCCGUUCGACUUCCAGAGCGUGCCGCACCUCUCGCGUGCCGAGGCCGCGCAGCAGGCGUACGAGGCGCGCUCGCGCGAGGUCGACAGCGUCGCGCUCGGCAGCAGCAAGGAGGCCGUGCCGGUGCCCGAGGCGAGUGCCGCGAUGGUCGGCGCGGGCCUCGACCCCUAUGCCGGCUACGCGCAGCAGCUUGGCCAAGUCGCCGAGUUUGCGUCGUACGGCCCGCUGCUCACCUCCUCGCCCAUCGACGCGCCCGUGGCGCUGACUGAGAGCGAGACCGAGUACGUGGUGACCGCCGUGAAGCACGUCUUCUCUGAGCACAUUGUGCUGCAGUACAACGUGACCAACACCCUCGCCGAGAUUGUGCUGGAGGAUGUGGUGGUGAUGGUCGGUGGCCUGGCCGAGGCUGGUCUCGAGGAGGAGUUUAUCCUCCCUGUUGCGCAGCUCUCGUCGGCGUCGCCCAGCGGCACGGUGUACGUGUCGCUGAAGCGCGACCCCGCGCUGCCCUUCCCCCUUGCCACGCUCAGCAGCUCGUUGCGGUUCGUCUCGAAGGAGGUCGACCCCACGAGCGGCGAGCCGGAACCCGAGGGCUAUCCGGACGAAUACCAGACCGAGGAGCUCGACCUCGGCGUCUCGGACUACAUCCAGCCGACCGAUGUCAACUUUGAGGCGGUGUGGGACGAGCUGGAGCCGGACGCGAGUGCGACCGAGACCUUUGCCCUGACGGCGCUCGAGUCGCUCGACGCGUCCUGCUCGACGCUGAUCGAGAUUCUUGGCAUGCAGCCGCUCGGCGGCACCGAGGCGCCAGCGAACCCCAGCGUGCACACCAUGAUGCUCGCAGGCCGCGUGGCGCGCGUCUCGGGCAUGGAGACGGUGCUCGCGCGUGUGCGCAUGAUGUACCAGCCCUCGGAAGGCGUCACUAUGGAACUGAAUGUGCGCGCGCCGAGCGACGAGGCGUGCCUCUUUGUCCUCUCGGCCAUUGCAUAG